CCACAGAACGCAGUUCAGUCCAAAAUGGCGAGCGCCGUCAGUCUGAUAAAUUUACCCGAGCAUAUUUUGAAUCAGAUCAUGUCGUAUCUGACUUUCAGUGAAAUCAGUGAAUGCAGAAGAGUGUGCCAGACAUUCAACCGAAGAUGCUCAAGCAUAUUAAACAACAGUUUUGCCAGAGUUGAUCGCUUCCAUUUACAAAUACAACGCAAUGUUAAGCAGCAGCUUCCACGCCGAGAGUCAGAACGGCGUAGUCAUCCAUUGUCUCGCCAUGCUGAUGUGCUUUCAGCUGUGGAGACACGAUUGUCAUUACUGUCUAUGACAUACUCUAAAUACAUUGAAUUUAAUCUUUGCUGCUUCAUUCCAGGAAAGGUUCUGGAUGAACUUUAUCGCAUCCUGAAUCUUCUGCAGCAGACGGACCGACAGUUACCACGUUCUCACGAGUUUUUGCAGGAAUUACGUGAUAUCUCAUCUAUGGCUAUGGAACAUUUUGAGGAAAAUGUGGUUCCUAGGCUCAAGAAUCAUAUAAGUCCUAGUACCAUGUCCAUAACUGGAAAUAUCUUGUCAGAUGUAACAUCAUGCCCAAGUGCAUCAGGCUCUUGGACAGCUUCAGUGUCCAGGUCCUUGACACCUGGCCGUUUGCCAGCAUUGAGACAAGACCCACUUCGAUUGCAGCAGCAGAUUAAAGCACAGAACACAACCAUGCUAGCACUGAGGAAAGAACAGCAUGAGCAGAGGUCCAAAUUAAACGAGCAACGUCGGCUGAUCACAGAACAAGAACGGAAACUUCAAGAACAGAGCAAGUUGAUCAUGGAACUGACCACCCGUGCACAGGCACAAGAGAUCAAAGUUGAGAUGCUUUCCCGUCAAGUGUCUCUUUUAACCGGACAAUCAUUUGGUCUUGUAGACAGCUGCAACCUUAUGCACCAGCCUCCGUCUGAUCCUUUGAUUGGUGGCGAUAACUCUUUGGGCAAAGAGGUUAAACUGGAAAAUGCAAACAGUUGGGGAACUGUUUUGGGUAGUGUAAAUAAAGACAAACUUUCUAAGGACUACUAUGGAACUUGUGCCGAAGCAACAAAAAGUUAUGCUUCUAAUGAGAAUACGUGUAACGAUUCCUGUGAAAUAAAUGUGAUGAAUACAGUUAAAUAUAUACCUCCGAGGGCUGAUUGCCACUCAGAACAAGGGAAAAGUUCAGAAGACAUAAACAUUGUAGCAGCAGACCUGUUGAGCCAAGGGACAAAAAAUCAGAGGAAGAAGUAUUUUCUGACAAAAGACAUGGCAGUAGUAAAAACAGCCUUAAGAGGAAAUCUUCAGAUGACAUGGGUUCCUUAGUAUCUUCCGGGAAGAAGCAUUGCAGGCAAUAGAUGUGACAUGCAUACAAAUGUUGCAUGAUUUGUCAUUUUAGUGUGAUCAUAACCAAGCAAGUUGAAAUGUUUCAGAAUGAAUUCUUGACACUUGUUUAUUUUGUUUUCCAAAUUGUUGAGUACCCUCACUGGUAAGUUGAAUUUGUAUUGUUUAGAUAAGGGGAAAAAAGAGCCCUUUUACUAAACCGUGAUUCUAAAAAAUAAAGUAAAAAUCGUAAUUGAUCAAGAUAUGAUCUUAAAAUCGUUAGACUGAUAACCUUUUUCUUAAGUACAGCAUCAUGUUCAGAUAUAUUGAUAUGCAAAGUUUUGUAAUUGGAUGCAGAGGAGAAUUGGAAUAUUAGUUUGUACUAUAAAGGGUAAAACUCAAGAACCUGAUCACUUUACUUGCUACAAAUCAAAAUUAUUCAAAUUUUAAGAAUGACAAGUAUGACACUUUUAGCUAAUAUCUGUGGCUGCAGAUAAGUUGGGAGAACUCAUAGAUGAAAAUUGCAGGUCACAAAUAAAUUAUAAGAGUAUUCAUGAAUUAUAGUUUUCCUUUUCCAAAUUAUUUAGGACUAGGAUUAUGAUUGUAUAUGAGUAUCUGAAUUUCUUCUUAAGCUGCAAACUUGCAUAAUAAGAAUACCCUUUCCACGUAAUGCAUUUAAUAGUACAUUUUAAUGUAAACUUUAUGAUAUGAUAUUUUUUUCAGAAAGCAUGAAUAACAUCGACGAAUUGAUAUGGACCAAGUGUUAAAGAAACUAACUUUUUUGAUGUUAUAGAAAAUCACUGAAAGAAGUUGGAAAUGUCCUUAAUUUUAAAGAGGGAUACAUGAACUGAAGCAUGAAGCUAGAUGCAAACAUUAUGGUCUUGUAUAUUCUAUGCAGCAGCUCAGUAAGCAGAUUACUUAAGAAGAAAGUAACACAUCUGUCUAAUACAUACUUUAAAAAAUGGGUACGUUUAGCCUUUGUAUUUUUUUUUUUUUAAAAUUUAUUUCUAAUUUUUUUUUAUUUUGUAAACCAUUUUGUAACUGCCAAUGAGGGAUACAGCAUGUGAAUGUGUAUAAUGCAUCCAAAUACACAUGUUGACAUCACUGUAUAUUAUUUGUCUUGUAAUAAAACAUUUGUGAUGCAUGGUGACAAGAUAAUAAUAAGUUUAUUUGGAUAUCAAAUAUCUCAGCCAAAAGGCAUUCUCACUGUGCUGAACAGGAUCUUCAAAAUGGUCACAAAGAUGUAGAAUGAAGAACAAUGUGAAGACUUGCUGUGUUCCAGCAGGAAAAGGUGAUCACGGCAGAUUUAGCAGUGACAAGUCCCAAAACAAGGGUUCGUGACAUCAGGAGAAGAUGGAAAAUAUUAAGAAAUAUUAGCAUAUCAACUGGCAAAAAGGCGAUUGUCACGUUCAGUUUAUUCACUGCAACUCAGGUUGCUGCUGAAAAUUUGAACAUUGAAGUGUAUUGAUGAUAUACAAUUAUUUUUAUGCCAUGUCUCUGAAAAUUUUUUAAUUUGAAGAAUAACUGAAAUGAUUGUUGUAUUUAUUUUCCCAAGAGAUCUGUUUUUUUGUUUGUUGUUUUGGUCUUGAGCAUUUAUUUUUUGUUCACUGCACUUACUUAUGUGAUCUUUGUGCUAAGAAAAGUUUUUGUGCAAAAAGGUUCUGCUUUUAUUUUAUUAUUUAACUAUUUGAAGUAGUUGUGAUGAGGAUGUCCUUGUAAAGAUGUUCUGAAGUGUAAGGAUGUUGAAAUGCUGUAGAAAUUUGUUUUUAUAUAGCAAAGCAUAAGGACAUGAGGACAACAUUUUGUUGACUGUGAUUAAAGAAGCUACAGAUAGCUGAA